GCAUCAAACAGAUUUCAUUCAGUGUGUGGCUGCUCCGUAGAGAACAACAGGCUACCUCCCUCAGUCCUCUGAUGCUGCAGAGCUAUGGGACAAAGGAAACAUGAAAACAAGCUUUGAAGCAAGGUUGCCAUCUAACAAAGAGCCAUAAAAUCAAGAUCAACAUGGGAUCCUAAAUUUGAUGCACACUUUUUUAAAUAUACAGACAAAUCACCCCAUAAAUCAUCUCAGAGUGUUUGGUUAAAGAAGGUGAUGGUCUUCAGUGUUCAGUCAGGAUCCAACCAUCACACUUGUUUUGCGGCUUGGAAGCAUAUUAGUGGCCGAAUGUUUUGCUCUGUAGGAGGCUUUUUGUGACAGAGCAGCCCUGCUGUAAAUAGAGAUGUGGAAUAAAACAUGCACAUAACUAGAGGGGUUCAGUCUGCCUCGGUCCUACUGGCAGGGCAGUCUUCUCUCCAGCACCCAGCCCUGCAGCAGCUCCACAGUGUCCUCAUGUGGCAUUAGUUACUGACUGACUUGUCAGCACAGCCAGGAGCCGACUAAGGCUCAAACCCCAGCUGCGCCAUGACUUCGUCUGACAACGAGGAAACCGGGAGUGAUCUGUCUGAGUCUCUGGAGAUCCGCGAGCUCCAGGACCAAUACAUGGACCCAGAGAACUGCUUCAAGUCCAAAAGUUUACCCAUCCUGAACGGACCCUGUCAGCGGCAGGGCAAGGCUGCUGAGCCCCGGAUGGUCAGCACCACCCACACCUGCGUGGCCGUGGAAGAGGGCAGCGAGCUCCAGCCUAAAACCCCUGACUCCAGCCAGGCGGAGUCCCCCUCCUCCAGGACAGACUUCUCCCCAUCUGUGUCCAGCAUGGUGGGGCUCAGCAGCUCUCUGCCCGUGGAGGGACACAGGCCCGCAGGCGCUGGAGGCAAAAAGCUUGGUUUCUCUCUCACCCGCCUUAUCCACAUCCCAGCCAGGAAGUAUGUGCGGGUCAUCCUGAGUGAUUCCCGCUGCUUCUUGUUCUGCAUGUGCUACCUGACUUUUAUUCAGUCGCUGAUGGUUUCGGGCUACCUGAGCAGUGUCAUCACUACCAUUGAGAAGCGCUACAGUCUGCGUAGCUCUGAGUCCGGCCUGCUGGUCAGCUGCUUUGACAUCGGCAGCUUGCUGGUGGUCGUCUUCAUCUCCUACUUUGGUGGCAGAGGUCAGAGGCCGCGCUGGCUGGCCGUGGGUGGUGUCGUGAUUGCUGUCGGGGCAGCGUUGUUUUCCCUUCCCCACUUCAUCUCGCCACCCUACCAGAUCCAAGAGAUGAACUCUUCAGCGGGCCACGAAGGCCUCUGUCAGAGCGUCAACAACAGCGGGCGUGAACUUGACGUGACAUCGUGCCCUCGCGACCAGGAGGGCAAUGAGCACAACCUGUACGUGGCGCUGUUCAUCUGCGCCCAGAUACUUGUGGGCAUGGGGUCGACGCCAAUCUACACCCUGGGCCCCACCUACCUGGACGACAAUGUGAAGAAAGAAAAUGCAUCCCUCUAUCUGGCCAUCAUGUAUGUAAUGGGAGCCCUGGGACCUGCAGCUGGCUACCUGCUGGGAGGCGUCCUCAUCGGCUUCUACGUCGACCCCAAAACUGUCGUCAACAUCGACCAGAAUGACCCUCGCUUUGUUGGCAACUGGUGGAGUGGCUUUCUCUUGUGUGCCAUAGCUAUGCUUCUGGUCAUCUUCCCCAUGUUUGCCUUUCCCAAAAAGCUGCCUCCACGCCACAAAAAGCGGAAGAAGAAAAAGAUCGCCUCACCAGGUGACGUGUCCAGCGAUGAUGAAGUGAUGAAGGAAAAGUCCAGUAGCAAAGGCCAAAACGUUUCCUCCUCUAUGGGCUUUGGAAAGGACAUUAAAGACCUCCCCAAAGCAGCGCUGAGGAUCCUCAGCAACAUGACCUUCCUGUUUGUCAGCCUGUCCUACACGGCAGAGUGUGCCAUUGUCACCGCCUUUAUCACCUUCAUUCCUAAAUUUAUUGAGUCACAGUUUGGCAUCCCUGCCUCCAAUGCCAGCAUAUAUACUGGUGUGAUCAUCGUACCCAGCGCCGGGGUGGGCAUCGUGUUGGGGGGCUACAUCAUCAAGAAGUUGAAGCUCGGUGCAAGAGAGUCAGCCAAGCUGGCCAUGAUCUGCAGCGGGGUGUCUUUGCUCUGCUUUUCCACGCUCUUCAUAGUGGGCUGUGAGAGCAUUAAUCUAGGAGGCAUCAACAUACCCUACACCACUGGGCCGACCCUGACAAUGACCCACAGGAACCUGACAGGCAGUUGCAACGUGAACUGUGGCUGCAGGAUCCAUGAGUACGCUCCGGUCUGCGGCUCAGAUGGCAUCACCUACUUCAACCCCUGUCUGGCUGGAUGCAGCACUGUGGGCAACGACAGCACCGGGAUCAGGAACUACACAGACUGUGCCUGCGUGCAGAGCAGACAGGUCAUCACUCCGUCCUCCGGCGGCCAGGUCAACCAGCUCCAGUUGGUCAUUGUCAAAACGUACCUGAAUGAGAACGGCUACGCUAUGUCGGGGAAGUGUGACCGCACCUGCAACACGCUCAUCCCUUUCCUCAUCUUCCUCUUCAUCGUCACGCUCAUCACCGCCUGUGCCCAGCCCUCCGCCAUCAUCGUCACACUCAGGUCUGUUGAUGAACAAGAGAGGCCUUUUGCUCUUGGGAUGCAGUUUGUCUUACUCCGAACUCUUGCCUACAUCCCCACGCCCAUCUACUUCGGCGCUGUCAUUGACACCACCUGCAUGCUCUGGCAGCAGGACUGCGGCGUGCACGGCUCCUGCUGGGAGUACGACGUCACCUCGUUCCGCUUCGUCUACUUCGGCCUGGCCGCCAGCCUCAAGUUCGUUGGGUUCAUCUUCAUCUUCCUCACCUGGUACUCAAUCAAGCACAAGGAGGCGCGAGCCGAGCGCUGGCGCCAGCACCUGCCUCCGCUGGGCACCGUCAGCGAGCUCAUAUGCCACGCUGGGGGCCACAAAAGCCACGCCCGCACCCGCUCCUGCCCCGUGUUUAUCCCGCCUCGGCCCGACCCGCCGGCCGCCCUGCUGCUCAACCGUGGCCACAGCAGCCUCAGUUGCCCGGGCAACGCCCUCAAAGCAAUAACUCCCCCCAUCCUGUUGCCACAUCACCACAGAGGCUCUGCCCAUGUCUGAGAGCACGCCAGCCUCCCUCUGGGGUUUAUUGUGACAUGUGCCUUCCUGUUUGUGUGUCUGCACAACACAGUGUCUGCUUUACACCAAUCAGGCACAAGGCGGGGCUCCUAACCAGCUGUCAGACCGACAGGCAGAGACACAAGUACGCCCACCAUACUUAAAGGGCUGCUCGUUGUUUAUGAUACCAGGAGAUCAAAAGAUGUUGUUUUACUCAGAGCAUAUCAUCAGCUGCAGCCACACACAGCAUCCACACAGAAGGUCAAACCUCCACGUCAAGGUUUGGAUGAUGUAAAGACAUCACAUGGUGCUACUGUUAAAGGGCAGGGCAUUAUAAUCUCUGUACAGACAGAUGAUCAUCAUCAACAUGGCGUCUAAAGCACAACAGACAAACCUGUACUAUGCAAGAUCCUAUGUACAGCUCCUCCCUUCUCAGUACUGUACAGCUCCCUCUGUAAUCCAUAUCUGUACCUCUUUCUUCUUCUCUGCUCAAUUCACACAUACCACCACGUUGUUGUCGGCUCUGUCAUGGUCCCAUUUCCCCUUACAGAUUGAGCAAAUCAGCUGAUUCUCAUAUAUUUAAGCCAUUCCACCUGUUCUCUCGUCUGGUUACUUCGUGUUGUCUGUAUCCUCAGAAAUGACAAGGAUUUUUUUUUUUUUUUUUUUUUAAUCCUCUCACCUCUUUUCCUAUUUGUUUUUCUUAACAGUGCCUCUCAGGCUGCCUCGGCCAGUCAAGUAUACAAAGCUAGCUACCAGGGUAAAUGCUAGCUGCUGAAAAGCCAGUCACUGUUCUCUCAGUUGAUUGACAGUAUUCCACUUUGUUGCCCUCCGCUUUUGUGAUUGGAAACAGCCGUCACAGAUCUCGAGCCACAGUUUCUCGCCUCUGCAAGUAACCAUGUAGCUUAAAGCCGACAAGCACCAAUGGUACAGUGUAAAAUGACUUUUGUGGCAAGUCAUGUCAGUGAGCAACAAAUCUAUAUUUCAUUACACGUUACAUGAUAUUAUUAUUAAAGUGUUAAUAAUUAGCCAAGUGGCAGGUAGGAGAGAGGAAUUUAAGAAUGGUAUCUCAUCUCUGACCUUGUGCUGAAGCUACUGUUUGUCCUAAAGAUGUGAAAGUAGGUUUAUUAAAAAAAAAUAAAUGCGGCAAAACUGCUCUUUUCUUCAAGCCCUUUAUGAAAGCAACUUCUUCAAAGUAAAAUGAUUCGUAUCUAAUCUAUUGCAAACAGAUGCAUCAUUUUGGCUUUGUAUUUUAAUGGCUUCUCCAUUCUAACGGUCAUCAGAUGUACAUAGUAGUUAUUUAGCAGUCUAGACUUUUAAAGAAGUAGUGCAGCAAGCAUGAGCCCUUUUUAUCAGCAGGAGUUGAUUAUUCAGUUUCUGGGGCGUUUGGGGGCCAUCUAGUGGACGCAGAGAUGAUUGUGUGAAGGCCAGUGAAUGUUUGUCAGACCUACUGUACAAGGAAAAGUCUUGGUUUAAAAGGUUAAUUAUUAAACUUAGUCACUGCUCUGAGUUUAGCACUCCAGUUUCCCAAAGAUCGAGAAAUUAUCUGCUGUCUUGGAUAUUUAUUCUGCAGGCAAUGUGACUAAGUCCAGUGUUGAAAUGAUGUCUACUGGUGCGGCGGUGAAGCCACAGAACAUUCAUCAGAGGCAUAUUGAAAGUGCUUGCAUGAGCCUUAACUGUUAACAGAUGCCACGUCCUAACAGAACCGUCUCGUUUCCUUUAACGCUGGGCUCACAUUGUAAUCUUAUGGUUUUGCUUUCCUUCGAAAAGGAGAGGUAAUGUCUGUAAAGAACAAGGAGAGGCGAUAACGAGGCCUUUUUUUUGUGUUACAAAACGCAUCGUUCUGAUAUUAGAUAUAUCAAGUGCAAACAAAAGGUCAAAUCUGUGACAUGUUUUUGAAAACCAAAAUUUUAGGACUUUUUUUUUUGAGGGGGGGAGGGAUAAAAGAUAAGUCUAAUAAAGUUAUUGUAUUUUAUAUUCUGAUAGUAUGAAUUCAUUUUAGUUAUUCAUAGUUUGCAAAGUAAUGGAGAAUCUAAUGCAGUGGAUAAAUUUCAGAAGUUAACAUUUUUGGCCAAGAUUCACGGUGUUCUGCCUGGUAAAGGUUUCUCACGUGGUAAACGGCAGUGACUAAUUUUAGUAUUAUUGUGACUUAGUACCUCAAAUUACAUAUUCAUAAGUGAUCAUCGUGUAAAUAUUGACAAAGCAAAUGAAGCGUAUUAUAGAGCUCACACAUAGUUAGAAGCAUAUUUAUGAACUAACCCAUGACAUUGUAGUUAAAAGGAAAAAAAAAUAAGACUUAAAGCUACAAAAAAAAAACACAAAAAAAACAACAGAUUUGUCUCGCGGUGCCUGAACAGUAUUAUUCGCAAGGGGAGGGUUGAGUUCAUCUUGUGUCAUUGGAGGGAGGAAGGGAGGGAUGUGGGUUAUUGAAAUGUGUUUUUUUCCCCUUCCUGUAUAUGGAAUACACAGUUAAAUGAAAUGCAUAAGUUAUGCUACCCACAAUGCCCUUCUCUCCCUCUGUAAUGAUUCUCUAUUCUUCUUCUUCUACUGCGCCAUAUGCAUCAUGCUUGCUAAAAAGGAAUACCAAUGCAGGAUUAUUGAUCAGGCUUAAUGCAAAUGUGACUAGAAAAGCUUAACAUAAAUGUCAUCUUAUAUUUUUUUCCAGUCACUUAAUGUGAUAACCGCUUUAAAAAAAAAAGAAGCUGUGUUCGGAUCAUAAAAAUGAGCGCAAAAAUACUUUAUGAACAUGUUUAAGUAAAAAUGUAGAUACAGAAGAAAAUUCCUCUUCUGUGACCUUUAGACAAAAUUGGUCUUCAGUACAUGAAACCAUCUCCCUCCGUCAAUGAGGCAAAUAAACCAAACAGUGCACUCUUUGCAGGGAAGUGUAGAGAAUCAUCAUCCAGUAGCGCCACACACACACACACUAUUAGACGCAGUUAAAUGCAGUGAUGUCUGACUGUAUUGUACUGUACACCUACUACUUUAAAUCCAGUGUCCUGCUGUUCAAAUGUCUGGACUACUACUGGCACAGGCGACUUCAUGUUGACUGUACAAACCUUGCUUUAACACAUUUCCUUUCUUCAGUAUUUGAACUGAAAGUGAAUUUCCUGAACAGAACAGAAGCUGUAUUCUGAAAAGUCGAGCUCUUAUCGCUUUGUGUUCCCUCAGGAGCAGAGGUCUAAUUGAUGUUUGUGAACACUUGGUUUACAAAUGCCUUGAAUACUUGAUAUUUGUCAUUAAAAAUAAAAAAAUAAAAAAAUC